UAUUAUGCAUAAACAAAAAGCAUAGAUUCUUUUCAAGUGUCAUCAUUAGCACGAUAAACCAGAAUAUGAAGACAGUACUUUCACCAUUACUAAAAUUAUCGAAACCAAUAAAUCCACACCAAUAUUUGAAUUAAUCUUAGACAAUUGUAAAUUCAUUAUGGAUAAUAACUUUUGCCUUUAGAUCUCAUAGUAUUUUUAUAUUCAUUAUUAUAGAUUAACAUCAUUAAUUUAUUUAGGCUUAAAUAAUUGCAAUAUUGUUUAAUUGCAACAUAUUCCUAAAAUUGAAUCAUUGAAGCGAUUAACUUUAGACUAUAACUUUAUACAGAAUUCUGAACUAAUCCAUUUAAAAUUCUAUUAAGAUAAACUCUUGUCCUUAUCUAUAAUGUCAAAUCGAUUAAAUUUUUCAGAUUAAACAUUGUUACAAGAAUUCUAUUUAUUUCAUAAAUUAAUUCAAUUAUCAAUUGCUGGUAAUUAAAAAGAUAUUACAGAACAUGAGAGUGUAAUGAUGAGAGAUGAAAUAUUUAAAAACAUGAAGAAUCUAGUAUUUUUAGAUACUAUAGCAAGAGGAGAAUGUAAAUAAUUAAGUUCAUACUUUAGAUCUAUCAACUUGUAUUGAAAAUUAAUUUAAUGACUAAAAACAGGAAUAAGAUUAUUUAUCAAGAUUAGAUGUACUUGAUUGGAAAACUGAGCAAGAAUAUAAGGAUGCUGAUUAAUGA